AUGUCUAUUACUAGCGAAGAGUUGAACUACUUAAUCUGGCGGUAUCUGCAGGAAAGCGGGCACGAAGUUGCAGCUUUAGCGAUGGAAGAAGAGACAAGGGUUUUAGAGUUCGAGCAGCGGUUCAAGGAACACAUUCCGGUGGGAAGCCUGGUACAUUUGGUACAGAAGGGGAUAUUGUAUAGUGAAAGCGAACUUCUUGUGGGACCCGAGGGGAAAUUGAGGACGUUGGGGCCGGAAGAACGCGAGAAUUACAAGCGGAACUUUACGUUGGUACAGGCUUUGGAGGUUGACAAGCAGCGGUACCCUGAGCUUGUGUCCAAGGGAAGGUUUGAGCUGGAGAACGAUGUGGAGGCGAAGCUGCUGGCUGAAAAAGAAGAAGCUGGAGCCUCGGGCGCUGGUGCUGGAGCCUCGGGUCCAGGUGGAUCCGGAACAACAAGUGGAAACGGUUCUAGCUUUAUCAAGACGCUUUCAGAAAGGCUAACUGUGCCUGAUAGCUUCGUAUGCGAGUGGAGUCCCGUUCAGGAGGAUGCAGUAGCUCUUGGAGGCUCCAAUGCUACCGCUAAAAUCGCCAAAGUUGUGGAUUGGGCACUUCAGGACUCUGUUGAACUUGUCCAUCCGAUUCGUGGCCAGGCUGGCAGCACCGAGGUGAUCUCGCUCUGGUGGUCGCACGACGGCGAGCUUGUACUCACGGGUACGCGUCAAGGCGAGCUACGUCUCUGGAACAAGCAGGGGAAGCUCAAGAACAUUCUUGACAGCCACAGGUCGCCCAUUGUUGCUGCGAAAUGGAACGACGACUGCACCCAUCUGCUCACCACAGACGUCUCAAACGUCGUCAUUCUCUGGAGCACGCUCACGGGUACGCAAUUACAGCACUUCUCAUUCACCGAGGAUGAAUCUGCCGCUGCUGGAGGCACCGAUGGCCCCACUGACACCGACUCAAUGCAGCAACAACCCGAUUCGCUCGGUAUAGCUCUUGAAUGGAUCGAAACGGACAAAUUUGUAGUUCCGGGCCCCAGUGGGUCACUCCUCGUCUACACUAUCGGCGACAACAAGCCCCUGGGCCGUCUCUUGGGCCACAAGUCCACCAUCACAGCGCUACAUUUCAACCCAGUAACGAAAUCGCUUCUCAGCGCAUCAGACGAUGACACGAUAAAGAUCUGGAAAGGUGGGAACGUGAACCCAUCGCUCGACUUCUCGCCCCACAAAAAGACCAUUUCUUCUGCAGAUUGGCUCACCGACGACCUAGUCGUCUCUACGGGCUACGACGGCGCCGUGAAGGUGUGGUCCGUCUCCCAGAACACCUCCAUUUGCGAAACCAACCUCGACUCAGAACCCAUUUUCGAGGCCUCUCUCUCGCCUAACAAAGAAUGGCUCGCUGUCGGGACCCUCCAGGGCUCUGCCAUCGUCCUGGACAUGCGCAAUUGCAACUCAGAAAGCCUAAAAUCCGCCUACGCAGAGUACCAGCCCGAUCACGACGGUCUCCAGGUCACCAACAUCGCCUGGAACAGCCAUUCUUCGGCAUUCGCUGUGUCCUACAUCGACGGAACAACAACACUACUCGAGCUAUGA